UAACCGGGUUUAUGCUAAAUUUCUAGGUUAUGUUUGAUAAACGUUAGCGUUACGUUCGUUUUAAUACUAAUUUGAUAACUGAGUAAGCAAUAACCGCUUUAAAAUGACGAUCGGCAAAAAUAAUAAAAUGAUUCAACACAUAAACUACAGGGUUAGAAUCACCCUGCAAGAUUCCCGUACUUUCAUCGGGACCUUUAAAGCCUUCGAUAAACACAUGAAUAUGAUCUUGGGCGAUUGCGAGGAAUUUCGUAAAAUCAAACCGAAAAAUUCGAAAGUCGAACGUGAAGAAAAACGCGUUUUGGGAUUUGUAUUAUUAAGAGGUGAAAGCAUUGUUUCUCUUACUGUGGAAGGGCCCCCUCCCCCAGAAGAAGGACUCCCGCGGGUUCCUAUUCCAGGAGCAGCUCCUGGACCUGGUAUUGGGAGAGCAGCUGGGCGGGGUAUGCCAGCUGGUAUUGGUGGGGUUCCGGUGGGGCUUCAAGGACCAGUGAGAGGUGUCGGGGGACCCUCUCAACAAGUUAUGACCCCUGGAGGUCGUGGGCAGGUUUCAGCUCCACCUCAAAUGAAUCAGGGUCCACCAAGAAUGGGGGGUCCACCUCCAGGAAUGAUGGGGCCUCCACCGGGUAUGAUGGGAAUGCCGCCUGGGAUGGGAAUGGGAAGAGGGGGGCCACCACCAAUGGGGAUGAGAGGUCCGCCACCUGGAAUGAUGCGUGGUGGUCCUCCUGGACCUCCAAGACCACCAUAUUAAUCAUAGUCUUUUUUUAUAAUUUUGAAAUUGAAUACCAUUUUUUUUGUAAUGUAUUUAAGGUGUAUUAAUAAACUAAAUACUUUGA